UCUGCCAUUGAAACGAAAAUCAUAACCUCAAAAACGUUUGUAAACAAACCACUAAAAUCAAUUAAAAUGGAAAAACUCAAGAUAUCUCUGAAUGAAGUACAAUCGCCGCAAUGUCAAUACUUUGUCGUUCGAAAGAAAAGGCUAUGCCGCAUGACUGUUCGUCCGGGGCGGCAGUACUGCGGAGAGCAUGAGCCAGAACCUAAACUUGACGAUGGACAGGCUGAUACUCGCAUUCCAUGCCCAAAUGAUCCCAAACACACAUGUUACAUUAGCAAACUGCAGAAGCAUCUAUCCAUUUGCAACGCGAGGCAGGGCGAACUACCACCGUAUAUAGUAAAAGGCAUCAAUGCAGGUUCUAGCUCUGAGGGAUGUCCAAGGCCACUCCUCAGUGAAGUACCUAAGGAAAUGAUGGAGCAGCUAGUUGAGAAAGUUAACAGACUUUAUGACAAGUACGUAAAGGACAAUAUAUCAACAGUGGAAGAACAGCCCAUCCACCCCAUCGUGCUGGAGGACUACGAGCAGGGCGACCGCACAGAGAGCUCGCGGCGCCACCUGCAGCAGGCCUCCAGUCUGCUGCGGCUGGCCGAGCAGGAGGGCUUGGUCAGGGACAGGACCUGCUAUGUGGAGCUGGGUGCAGGCAAAGGCCACAUGUCGUACUAUGCGUGGCGCGCGUGGUGCGAGCCGGUGUCGCGCGCCAGCGGCGUGCUGCUGGUGGACCGCGCCUCGCUGCGCCACAAGCGCGACAACAAGCUGCGCGACGUCGCCUACACCUCCGCCAGGAACCAGGCACAAGAGGCUUCCACUGAGGACACACUCCUUCCUACUGACAAUAGCCAAAACCGAACUGUCUCAAGUUCAUCUGAAACGACAGCCACUAGAGAAGAGCUCCCUGACAAAUCUAUACCAGAAUCAUCAAAUGGAACGUCGCAUGUCUUCAAACACAAAGCAGAUCUCGCUAAGACGACGAAUGGUGAAGUGUAUGCAAACGCGAAUGCAGAAACUUCUAGUACGGAAGCACCGAUACGACUCAGAGCAGACUUAGCAGAUCUGGCACUCGAGAAAGUUCCAGUGGUGCAAGAAUGCGACGGGGUAGUUGGGUUUGCGAAACAUCUUUGUGGUGCAGCUACUGACUUCGCACUGCGAUGUAUAACGUCGGAGGGGCUGGGGGACAAAACACAGGGAGUCGUGAUCGCAACGUGCUGCCACCAUCGCUGCGACCCCAACUCAUUCUUCGGCCUUCAACACCUCUACGAGAUGGGCAUCACGGCGGAGGAGCUGGGCGUGCUGCUGGGCGUGGUGUCGUGGGCCACGUGCGGCGACGGCCGCAGCCGCCAGCGCCGUCUUCAGGACGACCAGGCGGCAAACGGACAAGGUGAAGGCGAGGUGCUCGAGACGAAAGGCUACAAGCUGCCGCAAGCGGUCCGCGAGAGCGUGGGGCGGCGCGCCAAGGCGCUGCUGGACUGGAGCCGCGCGCGGCGCCUGCGCGCGCUCGGGCUGCCCGCCGCGCUGCGCCGCUACGUGCCCGCCGCCGCCUCGCCCGAGAACAUCGCCAUCGUCGCCGUGCGCCGCGCGAGAUAAUAACCCAAGCCACUAUUCUGAAGAGUAGACCAAGAACGGAUGGAUGUAAACGGUGUAAAGCCUAGUCCGUGAGCACGUAGAAUUUUGUCCAAUGACCCCAAGCUACCCAUCCUUAUCGCUCGCGCGU